UUGUCCCUCGGCGGCUCCCGUCGCGGACCCGGAAGUGGCGGCGGCGGCGGCGGGGCCCGGCCAUGGAGCCCUGGGUGCGCUUCAGCGCCCAGAGCCAGGCCCGGGAGCGGCUCCUCAGGGCGGCUCAGUACGGCUGCGCCCUGGCGGGGGCCGCGCUGCGGAGGAACGGGGCGAGCGCCGAGGCGGUGACCCGCGUCCGGCAGCUGGAGGCUCACCUCAGCCUGGGCCGCAAGCUGCUGCGCCUGGGCGGCUCGGCCGACGCGCUGGAGGCGGCGAAGCGAGCCAUCCACCUGUCGGACGCCGUGCUGCGCUUCUGCCUCACCCUCGGCCACCUCAACCGCGCCGUCUACCUGGCCUGCGACAACGUCCUCUGGGCCGCCAAGGCGGGCUUGGCCCCCAGCGUGGACCAGGAGAAGUGGAGCCAGAGGUCCUUCAGGUACUAUCUCUUCGCCCUGAUCGUCAACCUGAGCCGGGACGCCUACGAGAUCCGGGUGCUGAUGGAGCGCGAGGCGGGCGGCGGGCGGGCGAAAGGCUCCGAGGCCGGGCGGCAGCAGCGGCGCCACGCCGAGCCCGGGCUCCAGCAGCUGGGGCUGAGGCUCCAGCUCGAGCUGCGGCUGCUCCUCCGCGUCCUCCGGAGCAACCCCCCGCUGCUGCUGGACGUGCUGAAGAACGCCUGCGACCUCUUCAUCCCCCUGGACAAGCUGGGGCUCUACAGGAGCAGCCCGGCCUUCGUGGGGCUGUGCGGCCUCGCCUCCUCCGUCCUCUCCAUCCUCACCAUCCUGCACCCCUGGCUCAAGCUGAAGCCGUAGCCGCGCUCGGGGCCCUGCCGCUGGAGCUCCUCGGCUCCAAACCGGCAGAGAUCCGGGGGACGUUUUGGGGGUGCUGGGGUCCGGCCGCGCGUUCGCCGAGGGGCGGAACGGCUCGGGGCAGGCUGAAGGAGCUCACGCGGCGCCCGAGUGCCCGGGGACCCGCUGCUGCCG